GUGGACGAUUGGAUCAAUUGAUGGUUAGGUGUCCUCCGAAUGAAUGCGAACCCGAAUAAUGAAUCGCUGUUUCGGUACGAGUUUUCAUAAUGAAGACCUCUUGUAUGGACUCAUUGGACUCACUCUCGGCUGCCAUUAAUGCCAUCCACACUAUCAUCGCUGUUGAGCUCAAUAAAGCACUUUAUAAGCAACAACUUAACAGUCUAUUGAAGUUGAUCGACAAAUUUGGCUUUGAAUGCGAGCGACAUCUCUAUCGGUGUCUUGUAUUGUGUAUCACAUCGACGAGUGAUUCGCAGAAAAUUGUUUUAUUGCAACAACUGUUCAACGAUUUAAACCUCUUCUCGUCUCCCAAUUGGUUAACACUUAUUGACUGCUCUCUGAAGGGAAACGUUGCCACAGAUGUGUCCGAGAUAUGCAAAUGUCUUAAAUUGAAUGACACUCAAAGGGCGGCUCUAUUGGUGGCGCUGACAGACAAGACUCAGUCCUGUUCAGUGGCCACAGACCUAUUGGAACAGUUGUCGCUCUCAAAUUUAAAGCUAAACGAGAAUUCGGUGACAAGUUUUGCAAAUCUAUUGCAUCUGCCGUUUGUUGAGAACGCGUCCGCAGAGAUCAACAAAAUGGAUGUCAUGUCGUUGACCUCGAGUGCGGCCAAUCUUACCGACGAUCAGAUCGCGGGAAUGAUUGUCAACGAGAGCGGCGUUUCGUUGACUGCCGAAGUUGUCCAACAGUUUAACGUUACGCCAAAACUUUGCGCUAAAAUUUUGUGCUCAAUUUGCGAGAACCCGCAAAUCCGUGCCACAGAUGGUCAGCCCUCUGGCCAACAGCGCUGCGAAGAGAUCGACACGUUUGCCGAUAUUUGUCGCGAGAUUAUGUCCUCCGCCUCUCCGUUGACUGAAAUCAUUCAAGUGAUAGACAAUGAAGUGUUUGUUCCCAACGCUAAGAAAAUGUUUAAUAACCAAUCAUUUGGUAAAAAUAAUUACUCGUUUCAACGCUUUUGGCAAUUUUGCAUCAAUUUGUGCACAACUGAUAAACAAGGACUGUCAGUAUUGGGCGUAACUUUUUUCCAGAAGUUGUGGUCAAACAAUGUUGAGUUUCAGUUCGGUUUCAUUGUUCAGUGCAUUAAAAACCAUUUAAUUGCCAAAAUGCUGUCGAGUGCGCCGACAGGUCCCGGACCCGGGGCUAGUGAAUCAUUGAUAGACCAAUUAGUGCCGCACUUGGAUGUGUUGAAGUGUCAGCCGGACUUUGAGUCGUCUCCAGAACUUAAUUCAUGGAAAUAUCAACGCUUUUACCAAAUAUUAGUGGACUUUUGUUCCAUUAAUUACAACUCAAUGUCCGGACACAUGAACAUGAGUUCAGUGUUUUACUCUCAAGUGAUGGAACUAUUCAAAUGGCCGCUACAGCAGUGCCCGGAUCUGGUGGCCCUCGGGCUCCUGGGCUGUCGGGACGGACCCUCUAUUGUGAAAAACGAAUUGCUAAGUCUGGCGAUACCGGUAUUCCUCGGCAAUCACGCGAAUGCGGCCAUUAUUUUGCACACCAUUUGGAAUACCAAUGAAUUGACGCCAAAUGUAACCCAAAACACCAACAAUUGGGCGAAACAGAUAUUACUUCAGGCGAUGUGUGAGUACUAUAUCAAGAGUCCGCACGAAGAGCAACAGCAACGCCUGUCCCGUAUUCUGGAUGUGGCGCAAGACCUCAAAGCCCUCAGUAUUCUUCUGAACGGCACGUGUUAUCCAUUUGUGAUAGACUUGGCGUGUUUGGCCUCUCGGCGCGAGUACUUAAAGCUCGACAAAUGGCUUAAAGACAAGAUUGAGUGCAACGGCGAGAACUUUGUCAACGCCUGCAUUAUGUUUCUUAACCGUCGCUGUCCGGCAUUGUUGGGCACUUCGCCGCCC